AUGGACGACUUUGACGACUUUGUCCGGCCGUCAGGCCAGCCCGCACGCGCCAAUGCCGCCACCCGCGAUCCGUUCGCCGACUUUGACGAGUCCCACGACAGCUUCGCCGCGCCGCGUGGCGCCCCAUCGCAUGUGCUCGUCGACGCAGACGACCCGGAUCUUAUGGGCGACGACUUUGACAACUUCGGCAGCGCUCCCUCUAGAAAGCAGGCUUAUCCUCCGGCAUCGUCGCGCUACGAUGCAGAUCCUUUCGCCACGUCGACCGCCUCGUUCGACCAGAACGAUACCACCAUGGGGCUCGAUGCGCCCAGGCCUGGGUUCGGACAACAUAUGCACGCCAGUAUGGAGUCCGGCCUGCCUUUGGCGGGAGCAGCACAGACACCCGCAGGCUACGAACACGGCGGCUACCAGUCCGAGGGGCCGUUCGCCGAUGCGUAUGCUGCCGGUCACAGCUUCAAGAGCAUCGAGGCCGACGACGAGAUCUUGCCGGGAGACGAUCCGUCCUAUCUUCCCUACUCCUCCUCCUCCUCGCGUGCAGCUGCGGGUCGCGGCAUGGAUGGCGGCGCGCGCCGCUCGCGCAUCGGAGGCGCAGGACGCACCUCGGGCACAAGUCGCCGACCGCCGCGCGACGGCAUCAUGGACGGCGUAAGGCGGAGCAUGCGCCAGCUCAAGGCCGACGUCGACACCGUCUUCCGACGCAGGCGCCAGCAGGAGAAGCGCGACGGCGACCGCAUCGUCCACCUCAACGACCCGCUCGCCAACGACAAGAGCGACUUCCUCGACAACUACGUCAGCACCUCCAAGUACAACGUGGUCACCUUCAUCCCCAAGUUCCUCGUCGAGCAGUUCAGCAAGUACGCCAACGUCUUCUUCCUCUUCACCGCGUGCAUCCAGCAGAUCCCCGGCGUCUCGCCCACCAACCGCUGGACGACCAUCGUGCCGCUCGCGCUCGUGCUGCUCGCCUCGGCGUUCAAGGAGAUCAAGGAGGACAUCAAGCGGCACCAGUCCGACUCGGAGCUCAACGCGCGCAUAUCCCACGUGCUCGACCCGGGCACCGGCGCCUUCGAACCGCGCAGAUGGAGGCACAUCCGCGUCGGCGACAUCAUCCGCGUUGAGAACAACGAGUUCUUCCCCGCCGACCUCGUGCUCCUCUCGAGCUCCGAGCCCGAGGGCCUGUGCUACAUCGAGACCGCCAAUCUCGACGGCGAGACCAACCUCAAGAUCAAGCAGGCCUCGCCCGACACCGCCAAGCUCACCUCGUCCAGCGCCGCGUCCACGCUGCGCGGCAACAUGGUGUCCGAGCAGCCCAACAACAGCCUCUACACGUUUGAUGCCACGCUCAACAUCCAGCUCAGCUCCACGCCCGGCUUUAGCGGCACGCCCAUGCGCAAGGCUCCGCUCAGCCCCGAGCAGCUGCUGCUCCGUGGCGCACAGCUGCGCAAUACGCCGUGGGUGUACGGCCUCGUCGUCUUCACCGGCCACGAGACCAAGCUCAUGCGCAACGCCACCGCCACCCCCAUCAAGCGCACCGCGGUCGAGAAGCAGGUCAACGUGCAGAUCCUGCUCCUCUUCAUCCUGCUGCUCGCGCUCUCGGUCGCCUCGUCCAUCGGCGCCAUCGUGCGCAACACCGCCUACGCGUCGCGCAUGCAGUACCUCUUGCUCGACGACGAGGCCAAGGGUCGUGCGCGCCAGUUUAUCGAGGACAUCCUCACGUUUGUGAUUGCAUACAACAACCUCAUCCCCAUCUCGCUCAUCGUCACCAUCGAGGUGGUCAAGUAUCAGCAGGCGACGCUCAUCAACUCGGACCUCGACAUGUACUACGCGCCCACCGACACGCCCGCGCUGUGCCGCACCAGCAGCCUCGUCGAGGAGCUCGGCCAGAUCGACUACAUCUUUUCGGACAAGACGGGCACGCUCACGCGCAACGAGAUGGAGUUCAAGCAGGCCAGCAUCGGCGGCAUCUCUUUUACGGACGUCAUCGACGAGAGCAAGCAGGGCACGGGCGAGAUCGGACCGGACGGCCGCGAGAUCGGCGGCCAGCGCACGUGGCACGAGCUGCGCGCCAUCAUGGACGGCCGCACGCCCGACGACGGCAGCAGCGCCAUCAUCGACGAGUUCCUCACACUGCUCGCCGUGUGCCACACGGUGAUCCCCGAGCGCAAGGGCGACAAGGUCAUCUUCCAGGCCAGCAGCCCGGACGAGGCGGCACUCGUGGCGGGCGCAGAGAGCCUCGGCUACCAGUUCACCACGCGCAAGCCGCGCUCCGUAUUCGUCAACACGCGCGGCGUCGAGCGCGAGUGGGAGAUCCUCAACGUAUGCGAGUUCAACUCGACGCGCAAGCGCAUGUCGACGGUGGUGCGCGGUCCGGACGGCAAGAUCAAGCUGUACUGCAAGGGCGCCGACACGGUGAUCCUGGCGCGGCUGAGCGACAACCAGCCGUUCACCGAGCAGACCAUGAUCCACCUCGAAGACUAUGCCACCGAAGGGCUGCGCACGCUGUGCAUCGCCAUGCGCGAGUUGAGCGAGCAGGAGUACCGCCAGUGGUCCAAGAUCUACGACCAGGCGGCGGCGACGAUCCAGAACCGCAGCGAGGCGCUCGACAAGGCGGCCGAGAUGAUCGAGCAGAAUUUGUUUCUGCUCGGCGCCACGGCGAUCGAGGACAAGCUGCAGGAGGGCGUGCCGGACACCAUCCACACGCUGCAGUCGGCGGGGAUCAAGAUCUGGGUGCUCACGGGCGACCGGCAGGAGACGGCGAUCAACAUUGGGCUGUCGUGCCGGCUGAUCUCCGAGUCGAUGAAUCUGGUGAUCAUCAACGAGGAGAAUCUGCACGACACGGCCGAGGUGCUCAACAAGCGGCUGCAGGCGAUCAAGAACCAGCGCAGCACGGCGGGCGUGGAGCAGGAGGAGAUGGCGCUGGUGAUCGACGGCAAGUCGCUGUCGUUUGCGCUGGAAAAGGAGCUGGCCAAGGUGUUCUUGGAGCUGGCGGUGCUGUGCAAGGCGGUGAUCUGCUGCCGCGUGUCGCCGCUGCAGAAGGCGCUGGUGGUGAAGCUGGUCAAGAAGAACAUGUCGUCGCUGCUGCUGGCGAUCGGGGAUGGUGCGAACGACGUGUCGAUGAUCCAGGCGGCGCACGUCGGCGUGGGCAUCAGCGGAGUCGAGGGUCUGCAGGCGGCGCGCUCGGCGGACGUGGCGAUUUCGCAGUUCCGCUACCUGCGCAAGCUGCUGCUCGUGCACGGCAGCUGGUCGUACGCGCGGCUGAGCAAGAUGAUCCUGUACAGCUUCUACAAGAACAUCACGCUGUACAUGACGCUCUUCUGGUACUCGUUCCAGAACUCGUUUUCGGGCCAGGUGGCGUUCGAGUCGUGGACGCUGUCGUUCUACAACGUGAUCUUUACGGUUCUGCCGCCGCUGGUGAUCGGCAUCUUUGACCAGUUCCUGUCGGCGCGCAUGCUGGAUCGGUAUCCGCAGCUGUACGGCCAGGUGUACUUUGACAAGCGUCGCUUCUGGGGCUGGACCGCCAACGCCUUCUUCCACAGCCUCGUCACGUACCUCUUUGUCACGAUCAUCUUCUGGGGCUCGCCCCAGCUUUCGGAUGGCUAUGCGAGCUACUCGUGGAUCUGGGGCACCACACUAUUCAUGGUCGUCCUCGUCACGGUGCUGGGCAAGGCGGCGCUCAUCUCGGACGUGUGGACCAAGUACACCUUCGCCGCCAUCCCGGGUUCGCUGCUAUUCACGGUGGCUUUCCUGGCGAUCUAUGCGCUCGUUGCGCCGCGGCUCGGCUUCAGCAAGGAGUACGACGGCAUCGUGCCGCGGCUGUACGGCUUCUCGGGCUUCUGGCUCGCCAUGCUGGUGGUGCCGACGAUCUGUCUGGUGCGCGACUUUGGCUGGAAGUACUGGAAGCGCACCUACCGCCCGGACUCGUACCACAUUGUGCAGGAGGUGCAGAAGUACAAUCUGCAGGACUACCGCCCGCGCAUGGACCAGUUCCAGAAGGCCAUCCGCAAGGUGCGCGCCGUGCAGAGGAUGCGCCGCACGCGCGGCUUUGCCUUUUCCCAGACCGAGGGCUCCGCCGACCUCAUCCGCAAGUACGACACCACCAUCGCCAAGGCGUCUGGCCAGUGA